UUGACACUUAAAUGAAAUUUAAAUAAAAUAUAAGUAGACUUUUUUAGUUAAAAUAUUGAAUUAUAGGGAGUUGCACAGACUGUUAAACCUGUUUCUUAAAUAUGUAAUUAUUCCCUAAUAAGCAAGUUUUGAUCUUAUAGCUUACGUACAUGAUAUACUACCUACAUUUUGUUGUUUUUUUUCCCUUUAUUUUAAUCUUAUUGCCUUUGCUGAUGCUAUUACUGCUAUCAUCAUUAUAUAUCACUAAUAGAAUUAAAUGACCAGAUGUGUGGUAUCAUUUAGUGAUAAAAAGUACCCAAUAAUGAGUAGCUUACUAAGUUGCUGAAUAUGGAAUCGCAUUGCAAAACUUACACCUCUCUUGAAAGUCGGGUAUUGAAUGAUAUUGAAAGGCUUAAAAUGGUUGAUGGACCAUACAGGUAAAUAAUAUUGCAUACUUAAUAAACUGCUGGGGAUUUAACAUGCAAAAUGGCACCUGUCGUAAAUGAAGAAUAAUGUGUGGAUUGCAUUGUGAAACUGACACCUAUUUGAGAGUUGAGCAUUAAAUGAUAUCAGGAGGUUCAAAAUGGUUGUUGGACUAUAUAGUUUGAAUGAUAUUGCAUGCUUGGUGGCGGCGUUAUAAAAUGUGCAAUUGCAUUUGCCUUGAAUGAACAAUAACGGGUGGAUGUAUUUAUGUAUCACAGUUGCGAAGACCCUAAUUCUGCUAAAUUCUGCCAAAUCCACAUGUAUUUAUGUAUCAUAAAGAAACCAAAAACUCAUUUUUUCAAUUGACGUCAAAAAAUUAAACCAUGUUCCAAUAUAUAAAUGUUUAUGCUUUAUUAUAUGUGGGAAUUAGGAGGGAGGGAGCAGAUGCAACUAAUCAUUUGGCUGAUGUUUUCAAGACCAAUGACAUUAGUACAUUUUUAAUCUAGCACUUCUGUGAAUUCGAAGUUAAUCAAGUUCUUGGAGUAAUGUGUACAGUUCCUCAUUUAGAUGAAGCCAUUAAUCAUGCAUGCUUGUAUAUAUGAAUUAUGUAUGAGUUUUGAAGUUCGUAAUAUUUUGCUUGAUAUUGUUGAAGAACUAAUAGAUAAUAUUCUUUAAUGUUUGUUAGUGUGCUUGUCAAAUGCUCCUGUUUGUGUGCACCAGCUAGAAUUGAUUCUGCCAAUUUGCUGAUUAUAGUUUGGUGCUUUAGCUAUUUAUAUAAAUGCUUAAUUUGUAUGAACAUGUCACAAAUGACCAAAUACCAAUUGAAUGAAACCUUUGGGGGGAACCAAGAAAUGACAUUAACUUAAAACUGGGAUCUUGGAUUGACCAAGAUAUGGAUAGAACUCAGAAAUUUUUGCUAUUCUUAGAAUUAUUAAUCAAUUUCGAUUUAGUGUGUUUUUCAUUGACAUUUUCUUUUCCACCAAGAACUUUAUGUGGCUCUCUUUGACCAAUAAAUUGGGAGAAUCAUAGACGUGUAUAAUUAAUUAUGUGCAUGAUGCUGUUGAGAACAUUAGCUGGUCAGCCUAAAUAAUUGGAGUUUGUAUUACCUAUGCAUAUCUUAACUGCCUUGACAGGAUUUGAGGUUGAGAUUUGUGUUACUAUAACCUAAAGACAAGGAAAUUGCGUUGACUGUUUGUUUUUAAAAGGUGGUUGCAUUUGGCUGGAUUUAUGAUAUAACAAUUCAAGCAUAGAAGAAGACAUUGACACUCCUUGAAGACUAGAUAUGCCAUAUAUCCUUGCCAUCUUCCUUAAGAAAGAUGGAUCUAUUUGUCCAUUUAAAUAUGGACUUUGAAAUUGGACUGAAAUUGAUUUAGACUUGGACUAAAUUAAAUUCCCUUGGCUUUCUUUUUAGAGUCAAAAUAAGGAUCCAGCAUGCAUUCAAGAGACUUUGUUUCUAUCGUAUAACACAACAUUGUUAAUAUUUCUGUGAAACUUAAUCUUGGAUGAGUAAACAAGUUACUUUAAGCCCUUAGACACACUAUUGUCUUGCAUCUUAUCAAAGAACAAUAUUAAUUGUGAAAUUUGGAUUUCCAUUUCUGCUGUUUGGUAUGUGGUUUCUAUAUGAUGACUUUGUCCUCUUCCAAUUUAACAAUGAAAAGCAACUAAAAGUAGUAGUUUUGUAUGCACCAAUCACAUUGGAGACAGCUUGAGGUGUGUUAGAGUAACCGAUAAUACCAUAAUGGUUAAUGUAAUAAGUUUGGACUUGAAUAUGUAAGGACAAGUCUUUCAUCACAUUAGCUUUAGCUUUUGUGUUUACCAAGCCUGUAGAAUAUCUUUAGUUCCCAUCUAACUUGGUAUUGACUUGUGGUUAAUUGGUUUUUUUACCUUGUGGCUCGUUAAAAUAGACUAGCAUGUAUCAAGGGGGCUUAUAAGGGUAACUAAUAGUUCUACAUCUGUUAAUGUAGUAAGUUUGUACUUGAAUAUGUCUCUUGUCCUAUUAACUUAAGCUUUUGAAAUGAAUCGAGUUCAGAUGAUGUGUUUGGUCUUAAUCUAACAAGUUCCAUGCUUUUGAUUUUCGCGUGAUGACCAGAAGCGAGCCAUUUUCUCAACUUCUUCAUUGUCUGUAUGUGUACCCCUUGAUUGUUAGUUUGGGCCGCAAAAGGAAUUUAUUCAUAAGGGUGGAGAUGAGAAAGGAUGAUAGUGACAUUCGCAAACACCCAUUGGAGGCUAUGUAUCCAGGGGAUGACGGAGCAGUGCUUCAGAAAUGGGCUCAUACACAAGUUUAUGUUGGUUCUAGGAUGGCAUGUUGCCAUGAUGAGAUUAAAAUCUUCCUCCCUGCGAUUUUGUCACCUCAACAUCAUCUUUUGUUUACCCUUUUUCAUGUCGAUCUCCAAACCAAGCAGGAGGCUCCAAAGCCUGUAAUUGUAGGAUAUGCUGCACUUCCCUUGUCCACUCAUGCCCAGUUGCAUUCUGAAGUCUCUUUGCCAAUUUUUAGAGAGCUGGUUCCGCAUUAUCUUCAAGAUAGUAUCAAGGAAGGAUUGGAUUAUUUGGAGGUGGAAAAAAUGUCUUCAGAUUGAAUUUAAGGUUAUACUCUUCUUUGUUUCCAGUCAAUGAGAGAGUAAGGGACUUUUUCCUGGAGUAUGAUCAGCAUAUACUCUGCACAAGUCCUCCUUGGGGGUCCGAGCUACUUGAGGUAUGAUUCAUAUUUUCUUAAAGUUAUAUGUUGAAAACAACUUGAAUCUGCAUAUGUUAUUUGAUAUAAAUUUUUUUAAUUUCUUGCUUUGA